GAGAAGACUGGGAUUAGGAUGCCGCUGCCGCCCGCUUGUGUGUGACGGUGGGCUGCCUUGUUGAGCGCUCGCAUGCCGCCGCCUCCUCUCAAUCUCCCUCCCAUAUUCUCUCUUUUGCGCACUCUAUCUUCCCCUUGCUCUUGAUCUGUCACUAGUUCUCUCUCUCUUUCUCUCUCCCUCUCUCUCCCUCUCACUGUUCUAGUCGGGCUACUGCAGUAGUCCACCAGCCAGCCAGCCAGCCAGCCAGCCAGCCAGCCAGCCAGCCAGCCGCACACAUGGCCAACUAACACAACUUCCUACCUCAGCCAGCCUCAGCGGAGGAAAACUAUCAACUAAGCAAGACGACCGCAGGAGACACGCUAAAAGGAGGACCAGCGUGUGCUUGGAGGACUCCUCGAUCGCCGUUUACGGAUACGGAGCCGACUUUGUCACACAUCCAUCCUCUGUCUCUUUUUUUUUUUUUUUUUUUUUUUGCUCUUGAGGACAAGAGCGCUCCCUCUCGCUUUCUCGCUCACUCUUCAACAGCCUUUUGCCAAGCACCGGCAGUGCAGCGCAUCCCCAUUCUACAACCGACACAACACCACCUCCACCCCCCUUGCACCACCACCAGCACCACUAACAUCUCUCCCACCACCAACACCACCCCCUCCCUGAGGAGGAAUAGACGGAUUACUGCUAACUGUGCACACGGCAGCCUGCAGCUGCUCUGACCGGGCCAGCCCGAUGCUGGGAGGAGGCACGAGAAGCGCAGAGGAAAAGAAGAAGAGGAACAGAGGAGGAGGAUGAGGGGGAUGAUUGUGCCCGGAGUUCUUUAGCCUUUUUCUGUCUCUCAGUCUCUGUCACAACAGGGCUAAUCACCAGCCUCGGAGCCCUUGGCAAAGUCACACUGAGGGAGGUCUUGCCACCAAACAAGGUGACCAUCAUGGAUCAGGAGAUGGCCAGCCAGUGAUUUUUUUAUUUUUUAUUUGAUUUUUGACUUUUACUCUCCUCUUCCAACCCAGUGAAAUUGACCAUACAUCAAUUUUACAUCUGAGAGUCUUGGGCCUGGUAGGGUGAUCUGGGACAACAGAGAUCCACAUACCUGGCAAGCCUUUUUGGCCUUACCUGUAUCCCAUUAGUCCUCAGUCCUCAAGACCAGGAGCCAUUUUGUACCAUCAGCCAAUCAAAGGCCAAAUCGUUCACUCUGAGAGGCAAAGUAAGACAAGUAAAUCCUGCCACACUGACCCAUGGACGAACAUUAUAAAUCAACGAGACGAAAACGAUUCCCACACUAAUGAGCAUCUUCCUGCACUGUCGAUGGAACUCGGGAGCGUCAAGUUGCUCCAGCCAGGCUAGGGUGAUACAUCCUCUGGUGUGUGCCAUCUCCCCCCAACAUGCAGAAUAAUGUGCCCUCCACAUCAUGAGUCCUUUGGGCCAGGUUAGUGUGCAGCCUACCUGGAACACAGCCCUGCUUGCCGUGCUCUCCCUCAUGGUACCUGCCCUCAGUAUGUGCCAGUCCAGCAGCCCAACACUGGGCUCAGCCGGCUCGCAGAACUGUCCAGGCAUGUGCUCCUGCACCAACCAGCUCAGCAAGGUGGUGUGUACCCGCAGAAGUCUGAUUCGGGUUCCUCCUAACAUCCCAGCCAACACCAGGUACCUUAACCUGAUGGAAAACAGCAUAGAGAUCAUACAGGCUGACACGUUCAGGCACCUGCAUCACCUGGAGGUGCUGCAGUUGGGCAGGAAUGCUAUCAGACAGAUUGAAGUGGGGGCCUUCAAUGGCCUGACAAGUCUUAACACUUUGGAGCUGUUUGACAAUAGGCUUACGGUCAUACCCAGUGGAGCUUUUGAGUACUUGUCAAAGCUAAGAGAAUUGUGGCUGAGGAACAAUCCCAUCGAGAGCAUCCCGUCAUACGCUUUCAAUCGCGUCCCCUCUCUAAUGAGGCUCGAUCUCGGAGAGCUGAGAAAGUUGGAGUACAUCUCCGACGGGGCAUUUGAGGGUCUCCAUAACCUCAAAUACCUCAAUUUGGGCAUUUGCAACCUAAGGGAGUUUCCCAAUCUCUCGCCCCUCGUGGGUUUGGAGGAGCUUGAAAUAUCAGAGAAUGUUUUCCCUGAACUUAAACCCGUCGCCUUCCACGGGCUCAAGAAUUUACGCAAACUGUGGAUUAUGAACUCCGCUAUCACCACCAUUGAGAGGAAUGCAUUUGAUGACAUCACAGCUUUGGUGGAGUUGAACUUGGCUCAUAAUAAUCUGUCAUCUCUCCCCCACAACCUCUUCACCCCCCUUCAGUAUUUAGUGGAGCUACAUCUGCACCACAACCCCUGGAAAUGUGACUGUGAUGUAGUGUGGCUCUCCUGGUGGCUCAGAGAGUACAUUCCCACCAAUUCCACCUGCUGUGGACGCUGCCAUAUCCCUGGCCACAUGAGAGGGAGAUACCUCGUGGAGGUGGACCAGACCACGUUUCAAUGCUCCGCACCAUUCAUACUUGACGCUCCGAGAGAUUUGAACAUCUCAGCGGCGAGGGUGGCAGAACUCAAGUGUCGCACAGCUGCCAUGAGCUCUGUAAGAUGGCUUCUCCCCAGUGGGACAGUACUGACACACGGUUCGGUUCACCCACGGAUAUCUGUGCUUAAUGACGGAACCCUAAACUUUUCCAAUGUUCUGCCAUCAGACACAGGCGUCUACACUUGCAUGGUGAGCAACAUGGCCGGGAAUUCAAACGCCUCGGCUUACCUAAAUGUCACUAAUGCCGAACUCAAUACGUCAAAUCUAUCCUACUUUACUACCGUAACCGUGGAGGUAUUGGAGCCAACUGUGGAAGAAGCCCCCAAACCCAAGCCAACUUCCCCUGCCUCGCCCUCUGUCUUCAAACCUGUGUUCAUCUCCACCCCUACCGUGCUGUUCCAAAACACGCAAACCCCAAGGCAGGUGUCAAUCCCCACUGCAAGAAUCCCCAGCGGGCCUGCUGCUAGCCUGGAUGAGAUCAUGAAAACCACAAAAAUUAUCAUUGGCUGUUUUGUUGCUGUGACCUUGUUGGCAGCGGCCAUGUUAAUAGCAUUCUAUAAGUUGCGUAAGCGGCAUCAACAGAGGAGCACAGUGGCCGCGGCCAGGACCAUAGAGAUCAUCCAAAUGGAGGAGGAAGUUCCUCCAGUACCGCCCUCUUCUGGAUCUAGUGGCUCAGAGGAGACGGGGUUGGUAUUGCCUACCUUAGUGGAACACAACAGCAACACUUUUAAGCCUGGUUUUGUGUCGUCCUCUCGCCAAGGGGCUUACGCAGCCCAUUGGACCCAGAACAACACUCUGCAUCGUUCAGCCAGACAGCAUCACAGCCACAUCAGCACCAUAGCGGAUCCUUAUAUCAUUAAGACUACUCAUGGGAAAGAGAAGGUUCAAGAGACCCAAAUCUGAAUAAUGUUCCUCCUGGGAUUUGUCUCUGACUCUGCCCGAACCUCUUGUCCAUGUCGUCGAAUGCACAAAGAAAAAAAAAAAACAUGGUACCUUUCUUUUGUACAGAAGUGCAAGGCAGAGAUACUUCUAAUUUCUUGUACAUGCCUAUACAUAAGUAUAUCACUGAAAAGAAUACAAAUCUAUAUAUCUAUAUACGUACAUGAGACUAUCAGAAAGUGGUAAGACAUGCAGAUUCUAUUAGAAAAAAAAGAAAUUUGACACUAUUUUCUAAUAACAGGUGACCUCUGUUCAAAGAAUGAUUUUAGUGAAUGAGAGUGACAAAAGGAAGUUUUUGGACCAUAUUUAGGAUGCAGUAAAAAAAAUGAGUCUUUAUGGUUUCUGAUCACAGCCACACAGACGAAAGCUUAAUUUUUCCUGUGCCAAAUACAAUAUGCAAUAAAUCGGUAUUUCUUGACAAACGAGUGGAGGGGGGAAAAAGGACAUACAAGUCAAAUGUGUCCAGAUUGAAGCAUUUUUGUAAGGAUAGUGAUGUGAUGGCACAGAUCGAGCGUGUGCUGUUCAGUAGCCAAGAGACAAAUGCUUUUGGACUGCAGUACAUUUUGUGCAGCUUCGAUUUUAACCCUGUGUUUGCUGAUGUCAUACUGUGAGUGUUUUUUUUUUUUUUUUUUUUUUUUUUUUAAUCUAAACACAUCAAAUGAUAAUGACGCACAGGCUAGCAGUUGUUCAAAUACUUUGUUCUGUUUCUGGGUUGCAUUCUGUUGUGUUUCUCUCCCUUUUACGUUUUGCUUCUUAAUAGCUUGUGUAGUGUUUAGGGCUAAUUUAGUAAUGCAUUACAGCAGUUGCCUGACUUGUCUCUGCAAGGGCUCAUUCUGAUGCUAAUUCUUCAGCGGAAAUGACACGUGGUGCGAUGAUACAGGGCUUUGCGGACCAUUCUGGUUUGAGAAAGGGAAAAAAAAAAGGAUUGACAUUAAACACAAUGAAUGUCUGUCUGAUAUCCGGAGCUUUUUCCAUUGCCUACAUUGACUUUGUUUUACCAGUUUAUUUUGAGGAACACUAUUUUUAUGGAGAGACAAACAGAGGCUAUGAAAAAAAAAAUAAAACCUUCUGGUUUGUAUUUCUUUUAACGGAAACACAUUCAUCCCCUGUCUUUUGUGUGUGAUUUGUUUAAUUGGAUGAAAAAAAAAAGCGGGGCCCAGAUUGUAGAUCUAACCCCAAACCUCCCAUUUUACGCUCCUAUGCAUUUACUUGGUGUCUCCAUGAAUGGGUCUUUAAGUAACGGGUGUACAAUGCUGCAUUAUACCCCACAGUGGGGCUCUAUGCAGGUCAGAUAGGCUGUUGGUCUUUGAUUCUUCCACUUCUUCAAACAUUGAUCGUUUUUCACUGACUGAGCAGAAAAGAAAAUACAUGUAUUCCACAGUU